AUGUCGGGCGCAAACUCGUGGUUGGCGAGGCAGCGGAAGAGCGACCUCGUCGAGAUUGCCGAGCUGACCGGACUUACUGGGUACGAGAAUCAGAAAAAGGCCGACUUGGAAGUCACCCUCGAUGAAUACCUCGCCGAGAACACGAUCCAGUUCUCCCAAAACCCCAAGCUUGCAGGCUACUACACCAGUCGCUCCAAGGCUGCCGGCUCACCCGUCAAGAGGGAGGCUCCCUUGACCGAUCUCGUCAAGUCCACGCGCCGCAGGGCGACGAGAGCCAUCGAGGAGCUCCAGCCCGAGCCCGAGCCAGAAAGAGCCGAAUCCUCAAGCCCGGAGCCUGCCUUCUCCACCGCACUGGCGACGCGAACUCCCGCCCGCAACCUCUCUCUUGCGAGCCGCAUUCCUCUGCCCGCGACGCCCGCUGAUGUUGCUGAGGCCGUCGACCGUCACACUGUCGCUCUGCGCGAGCGCGCGACGGAACUCUACGACCAGUCUGGCAUCCAGGAGGGCACCCAAGCUGUGCGCUCCUCCCUGUCAACCGUCACGUCGGUGCUGUUCACCGUGGCCGCGUUCGAGGCGUGGAACUUGAGAGCAGAGGUCUUGCCCCUCCGCUACGCCUUCACCAUCCCCGCGAUCCCGGCCCUGGGCACCAGCUUCUACCCCGUUUACGUACCUGACGCGUUCUUGUUCGUGACCUCGUCCUUCUGGUCGCCUGUCACGCUUUGGACCCUCACUUCUGUCCUUAUUCCCUCCUUAUUUGGGUACUUCUACAAUCUGAGCGCGGCGAGCCAUCCCCAGCCUCGCGGCCGCAAGUCGUCGACCGUUGAGUACAACGUCGACCCCUUGGUCUUCAGCAUCGUCAAGGCUCUGAUCUCGUUCGUUGUUUACGCCCAAAAGGUCAACUUUGGCGGCUGGAUCAACGAAAACUCGAUCGACCGCAUCAAUGGUGCUCUGUAUGGAGAGUGGAAGGGCAUCUUGACUGGGGCUGCCAUCACCGGGCUUGUAAGCCUCUACGACGCCGUGCUGAAGAAAUAG